UUUGUGUUUUCACAAGCAAGACUUCAACAUAUCAGCUGAAUGGCAUUUUUCAGCCACAGCUCACGGUAAAGAGCCUUGCGAUGGAGUUGGAGGUACGGUUAAGAGAUUAGCAGCUAAAGCUAGCUUGCAAACCAGAUCUUGACCUCUUUCCAGCUUUAUGAAUGGGCAGUAGAAAAUAUUUCUGGUAUUAAUUUAAUUUUCACUACACAAGAGAUUACAUAGUCAGAAAUAUUUUUAAAGGAUCAUUUCAAUCAGGCAAUUACCAUCCAAGGAACUCAGCAAUAUCAUGCUUUUAUACCUGUUGACUCAAGCACAUCAAAAAUUACUGUGCUACACAUUCAUCACAAGUAACUGUUACAAGAUCACUAGACAAACCGCAAAUAGGAGACGUAAAGAGCUAUACUGAAGUUGUAUAUGACAAGAACUGAUGGCUAGCUUAUGUUAUGGAGAAAAACGAAGAAAUUAAUGAAGUGAAAGUAACAUUUCUCCACCCUUUUCUUAUCCAGGGAAACCAGAUGUAUUAUGGAUUCCUCUCACAUGUGUUAUGUACAGUAAAUCCUGUGACACCAACUGGAAGAAUUUAUGUGCUAUCUGAAAAUGACACUUUAAAAACCAAUGAGGAAUUUUUCAAGUACUGUAAUUGAAAAUGGCAAUCAAAAAUCUGAGUUUCCUUUCUUCAAUUUAUUUCUCAUUUUAAAUUAUUGUGCAGGGGAAUCUUGCAUAUCUUUGGCUCCAGGGAGUAAGAGUAUAAGUCAAAAUAUUGAAUUUUUUUUUUUUCGGAUAUUAGUAUUUUUUAAGUAGCCGACUAUGUGUGUCUAAGAGUAUAAGUCUCUACUGUACUUUGUUUCCAGUGUAAUAACGAUUUGAACCUAACAGUCCAAGAGAAAUAAAGUUCAUUAUGUUGGGUGUAAGAGUACAAGUCAACUUAUACUGUUACACCCAAGUCAAAAUUAUGUUGGGUGUAAGAGUACAAGUCAACUUAUACUGUUACACCCAAGUCAAAAUUAUGUUGGUACUGUUGCUUGUUUACUGACUUAUACUAUUGGGAACAACUUCUCCCAGCUGUUGGUUGUGGUUAGAAUUUAACUUAUAAAGUUAUAACAAUAGUAGAAGAUUCUGCGUUAUUUUUCACUAUUCCUCUGAUUUUUACAUUAUAAUGUAUAGUGUGUAGGAGAAAUAAUGUAUAGCAGAGGAAAAAAACUUGUUGAACUUGUAAAAACGAAAAUAGCUAAAGAGAAUACCUCCAGUUUAAAUGCAGGUAAGUGCUAAUUAAAUUUAGUGUGGUACUCCAUUUAUGUCUGUAACUGCAGUAAAAUCUUUUGCAUUAUUACUUUUGUCUUUUAUUUUAUUUCAGAUGUGAUUGAAAAUGUGAAAGACAUACCUGUUGUAACAAACGACCGAAUUGAGGUUAGGGACGAUAUAGAUGAGAAAGGAACUGUGAAUAUCGCGGAAUACUGGUCAGAAAGAAAAACAAACGAGGACGAUCAUGUCUUUGUUCAAGAUACUAGGAACACAAUUUCGAAUGGUAUGGAUGAAGAAAUUUCUAAUGUGACUGAAGAACAACUCGUUAAUGUUGAUGGCACACAGCUACCAAACACCUCAUCAUACAAUUGGGAACUUGAUGAAGUUUUAUUUGAAGUUGUUGUUGAGGACACAGGCCUUGCAAGUAAGUUACAUAGUAUGAGUUGGCAUGUAAGCGUAGAUGUAAAACUAUUAUUAUAUUGUAGUCUUUGGCUUUAUUGUGUGGUUAUACUUACGUCAUUAUUUUUAUGUGUAGGUAAUAAUGAAGAUGGAAGUUUGACAGUGCUCCAACCAAUGGUUAUUGAAGACAUUGCAGAUGCAAAUAACAGAAAUAAAGAAAAUGAACCACAUUAUGAACAGAGUGAAUUUUCCUAUGAUGUUGUUGAUGAGGACAGAGGCCUUGAAAAUACGCGGAACACAUGGGCAGGUAAGAGAGUUGAUACAAAACUAAUCAUUCGUUUAAAAGUCAUUGGCAUUAUUGUGUGCUUGUAGCUAAAAUAAUUGUUUUACUUAUAGGUAAUAAUGGAGAUGGAAGUUUGACAGUGCUCCAUCCAAUGGUUACUGAAGACAUUGCAGAAGUAAAUAUUGAUAAUGGAGAAAUUGAUCCAGAUUAUGAACCGAUAGAAGAGAAAAGCUCAAGUGAAGAUGAUGUUUCCGUUAAUGUUCCUCGCCAGAGGAAGGCUGGUCUCGGAGAAAAAGAAGACAAUACACAAACAAUUGAAGCUGAAGUGAAAAAAUGUAGGUUUUCAAGAGCAAGAAAAAGAGAAAAGUGUGUAAACCGUAACAGAGGGGUGUCAUACACAACUUUAAGCGGUAAAGUUGUCAAAGCUAGAGUAAUGAAACCUCUUAGAGACUGUCGAGCAGAAUGUAGAAAGAGACUUCCUGAAGACAUAAGAGAAAGUAUUUUUAAAGAAUAUUGGUCUCUUGGUAGUAGAGACAGGAGAGUAGCAUAUGUUGCCAGCCUUGUUGAUACUAUGGAAACCAAAACAUCAAGAAAAAGAGCUUACAAUCCUGAUAAAGAGAAAUUUAGAAUGGUUACACAUACGUUUCAUUUUAAGAUAAAUGGGAAAAGAGAAAAAGUUUGUAGGGGAUGUUUUAUGAACACAUUAGAUGAGACACAAAUGUUUGUAACUCUUGCAAUCACCAACAGAAGUACCUCUACAUCUGGUAUCACACAGCAGGACAACAGGGGAAAAACAUCACCUGGUAAUGCAAUUUCUGAUGAACGACUGGAUGAGGUUCGAAGGCAUAUACAAUCAUUCCCUUCUUACGAAUCUCAUUACACGCGAAGAACAAACAACAAGAAGUAUCUUCCUUCUUUUCUGGAUUUGAAUACUAUGUUCUCAUUUUACAAAGAAUCAACUUCUAAUCCUGUGGGGCGUACUGUAUAUACUAGGGAGUUUAAGUCCUUGGGACUAGCCUUUAAAGCACCAAAAGUAGACACUUGUCAUAGGUGUGACACAUUACAAAUGAAAGUGAAGCUAGCGAGUGGUGCAGAAGAAGAAGAUAUAAAACAGGAAAUAUCUGUGCAUCAUGCAGAAGCUGAUAAAGCAUACCUACAGAAAGAUCUCGACAAGAAAACUGCUAAAGAUGAUCCUAGCAAAAGGUGUUUUACGUUCGACUUACAACAAUGUUUGCCCACACCUUUUGUUCAGUCGUCUGUGUCUUUUUACAAAAGACAGCUCUGGACGUAUAAUUUAACUAUGCACGAAACUAGUAAACCAUCUGUUCGUUGUUAUAUGUGGCAUGAAGGCGAAGGUGCUCGUGGAGCAAAUCAAGUUGCCACAUGUGUAUUGAGAGAGCUUUCUGAGUUACCUGAAGAUGUAACGCACAUUAUUUUAUAUUCAGAUACAUGUGGCGGCCAGAACCGUAACUCGCAUGUAGCAGCAAUGUUUCUGUAUUUGAUGCAACAGAAAUGUAAUCUUCAGUUGGUGGACCAUAAAUUUAUGGUGAGUGGGCAUAGUCAUAUGGAAUGUGACACAGACCAUGCACUUAUAGAAAAGCAGAAGAAAAAACUGCGCUUCACUGUGUCACACCCCCAUGACUGGUACCAGCUUGUCAGAACUGUUGGAAGGAAAAACAAAUUUGAAGUUGUAGAACUUAAUCAUCAGGACUUCCUCAAUUUUGCUGAGCUGUACAAAACUAGUCUCUUUCUUAGAAAGAAGGAUAGUUCAGGAGAACCCUUCAAGUGGACUGAGAUGAGAUGGCUCAGAUACACUCAAGAACGACGAGUGAUUCAAUUUAAGAACACACUUGAUGAAGACGCACCUUUCAGAGAAAUUUGUUUAAAACGACGGAACCGCAGUCCAGAUGAGCUGUUACAUCCAAAGAAAUGUUAUAACUCCACACUUGCCAUUUCCAAAGAGAAAAAGAAGGAUCUCUUGGAGCUGUUGCCAUUGAUAGACACAGUUUUUCACAGCUUUUAUUUAAACUUGAAAACUACUGUGGAUGCAAGAGAUGUACUUCCUGAUAUAGAGGAAUUCAAUGAAUGAAUAUUUUUGCACUUUCCGGAGCUUUACCUUCCAAAGGUUUUUGUAAUAAGUAUACGAAUGUUGUCAAUUAAUCAUUUUCUUAGCAAAAAAGUGUCAUCUAAUUUAAGAAAACCUGCAAUAUUCUCACCAGUAUAAGUCAUGUAAUUAAUGGUCUUAAGAGUACAUGUCUUUAAACCUGCAGUGUUCUCACCAGUAUAAGUCAUGUAAAUGAUGGGCCCUAACAGUACAUGUCAUUUAUUUAAUCUUUAGCAAUAAAGAAAGAAAUAUUGUUGUUGUAAAAUGCUAAUAAAUCAUUUACUAAGCAUAUGUAGCCAUUUGGUUUAUUUAAAAUAAUGGAAAUUUGAUAUUGUCACUAAUUUAAAAUCUUUAAACCUCUCUCCUGAAAAAUAGAAGUUUUUGACUUAUACUAUUACUCCCUGGAGCAAUAGAUAUAUUGUACUUCAGCAUAAAGUAUUUCUCAUUUUAAAUUAAAUUCCCUGUAAAAUUUAAUUUAAAAAUUGUUCAGUUUAAGAUACUUUCAGUGUACAGAAUAUAAUUAUCUGAUUUUUUUUAGUGUAUUUUACUGUAUUCUGUUAUGCUUUCCUUUGCUGCCAACAUUUAAUCUGAGAUUUGACAAAAAGGGCCUUUGUUUUCAAUUAAUUUUACUAUGAACCCAUUAACUCUCCACUUUGAAACUUUGUAGACAAUUUUAUAUUUGUACAAAAAAAUUAAAAAUGCACAUAUUCCAAAAUUUUAAUUUUAAGUUUUAAAAAUUAUUUAGAAAAUAAUUUUUUUUCUAGACAUUAUUGUGUCACAUAUCACAUGAAAGGCCAUGCCAAAUGCUGCAAAAUGACACCUGUCUCACCUUUCUAACUUAAUUUGGAGAAGAGUUAUGGUAAUUUUAAAAUAUGCCUGUAGUGCGAUUUUGAGCGUUUUUUCGAAAAUUUACAAAGCAAUAUUUUCAAAACGGAUGUAUAUGUCAUUCUAAAAUUUUAUAUAUUUGUUAGUCUGUAUGAAGGUAACAUCUGUGCAAAAUUUCAUCAAAACCUGAGAUGGUGAGGUAAAAUGGGUGUGUUAAUUUGACAUGGAAUGACCCUAGACACACAGAAGCUAUCAGUACCAGCAACAAAACUUCAUAUUUUAUGCAAAGAAAAUUAACCAAAUAUGCUUAUUCAUCUGAAGUCUACUUCGCGAAAAAUGCAUAUUUGCUAUUUUGAGUUUUUUCACAGGAGACACUUCUUAACAUUUUUUAUCACACUAAACAUCUAUAAGUUGAACUUUGUUAGUAUAUAAUUAGGUGUUUUACCACAAACAACUUCUGUAAGCAGUUUUAUCUUAUAUAUAAAUGAUGUACCUAUGAAAUGUGAAUUAUAUAUCUAUUAAAAUAUUUGUAAAACUUAGCAUAAUAUAAUUUUCUUAAAAUUAAAUAAGUUGUAAAGGUUUCGUAUUUAAUUUCAGGUGGGGAAAUGGGGCUCACUUGGGUAAUGGGAACCACAACUGAGCCCCAUAACCCCUCGACGCCAUGUCAUGUUUAACCUAGACAGCAAUAGUUACCUACCUGCUAAGAAAGUCGGUUUUUCUUUCACACGUGCCUGUCCUUAAAAGAAAAUAGAUAGUAACCAAAUAAAAACUGAAACAUUUCGCUCAGUAAAAUGAGACUUGCCUUCUAAGAGAAGAAGGACUUCAACUAGAAAAAAUAUGCACGAUUUACAAAAAUCAUCACAAACAGGCGCGUACGUACAGCUUGGCAGCCAUCUUUCCACUACAGAAUAAACACUAGUCACUAGGUGGCAGCACUAGACGAAGCGGAAAAUUGUCAUUAGUUUCUCUUACAAAGACGCGGGCCCAAUUACCCACUGGGCCUCAUUCCCCACUGGGCCUCAUUCCCCCACUCUCCCCUAUAUAUAAUAUAUAUGUGUGUGUGUGUGUGAAAUACAGUUAUACAGUGUUGCUUCUCCGCCACCAUAGAUAAGUGUAGAUUUGCAUCAAUUUUCUGCGUAAAUAGGCCCUAAAUCAAAAACAUUUUAGAAUUUAUGUGACAGAUAAAAUAUUUACUAAUUAAAUUACCAUUUCAAAU